AUGUCUCACCCAGAUGACCUUCUUUCCAACCUCGAGCGCCAACGCCUCCAGCUAGAGCAGCAAAUUUCCGAGCUCCAACGAUCUGUCUAUAACUGGCGCCUGUGGGAUGCUGAAUAUGACGGGUUGCGGGAAGAGCUCGACGCCCUAGGUGAUAGCAGCACCAAAGAUGAUAUUCUCCGCACGACAAACGAAUUCGGCGGCUCUCUGGUUACUGAAGAUGAAAUCAGAAAUCUCCUUGGAGAGCCACAGGGCAUCACCCGGUCUCGGAAGCAGGUUAUGGAAAUACUGGGGCGCAGGGUGGACUAUGUGCGAGACAAUAUCAAGACGUUAGAGAAGCGGAUCAGGGUCGCUGAGGACAAAUUACUCAAAGUACUGGUGGUUGAGCAGCCGGGUGGGGAUGUUAAUGAGGAAGGGCUGCCGAUGACUGACAUUGUUGAGCAACUGGACGAGGAGGGAAGGGUUAUCUCGGGUUCUACUACGACUCCUGGGAGGUCAGCAGAGGAGAUCUUGGAGGUCCUUAAGAAAGCAGGGGUCAAAGAUAUUGCGGAAGGUGAUCGCGAAGAGCCACCAUCAGCGGAAACAAAGGAACGACCGGAUUCGCUUGCGGUGGACAAUGUGUUAUCGAAGGCAGAUGUCGAUGAACUAUCCACGUCAAAACCUGCUGAUGGUUAUACCUCAGCCGAUUCAGGGUCGAAUACUGCCAAGCUUGGAUCGAAUCCAAGCGUUCAAUUCUUCCCAGGCACCAGAGACAAGAAAGAGGAUAUUCAAACGACAGACAUAGACGAGUCACCUGAAGAUGCGGCACUUCGCAGAGAGAUCCUCCAAUACGGCCUUGAGGAGGUUGGGGCUGUGGUCGCAGAACUAGAAAUAGAUGAAUCGGCGAGCGAGUUUUCAAUAUCCGACGAAGAGUACGAUGACUAUUUGGUGAGUGAUGAGGAUGAGGAGGAAGAUGAAUAUGGACGGGCUACAAGGCGAGUCAUCUCCGAUGAUUAUCAUAAGCAGAUGCGAGAACUCGAAAAGAAACUAGGCGCAAAAAGUUUGCACAACAUUGGCCCUGAUGUGAGCGGUUUGCCUCCUGAGAUCCGACAGGGUUUAGAGGAACAAGAGUCAAAACAUGGGAAAGGCGAGACAGAGCAGGGAAAGCCAACGAAGAAGAAGCAGAAGAAAGUUGCAUUUGCGGACGAGUUGGAUAUCGCACCAGAGACACCCAUCGCCGCUACAGCACCUAACCCUGUGAAAGUAAAGGCGCAUGAGCCUCCCGCUAUCCGCGACGUAAUAAUGGAGCAUACUAGCACGACAAAGGACACCGCUGUGGCAGAGUCCAAGCCAAAGAAAAAGAUCUCCCGUUUCAGGAGUGCGCGAACAGGGGAGGAGAGCGCUGCUUCAGAGCCCAUCUUUGCAUCUAUGAGCGCAAACCCGCCCACCCUGGACGGCCCUAUCGGUUACGCUGGGAUCGCUGCAUCCCAGUCACCAUCUCACUGA